GUGAGCAAAGUGCAGCGACCAGUAGCAGGGCGGGAGUACUUGUGGGGAGCAGGAGGUGAUUCACAUCCAGAUCUGUUCAAAGUGGCUUUGGACAUGAGACACAAGCAUGCAUCAAGCCCCAAGUCUUCUCCCUUUACUUCUUUUUCAAGCCGUCAUGCCAUACACAUACUUCCCAAGAGACUCUGGGGUAAAAGCUCUGUUCCAGUUACUCCUCCUGAACGAAGAUCAGUUGGAUCUCUUACUGGGUGUCUGGCCUCUCCAGCUCUGCCCAGCGUGGUGGCAGAACAUGACCCAGCACCAGAGACAGCCCCACGCUGGCCAUGGUGUAACGCAGAUAUCCAUGCAGGUGAGCAGCUAUCCUACAAGCCACCCUAAACCACGCCAGUGCUGCUUUGCUGGUGCAGACACAAAGAGCAAGUUUCAGCUGUUAAUUCCUUCACAGGAUUAAGGAACGGCCAGGGAAGGUGGCCCACCUCCAUUUUGGCACAAUGGGGGUGCUUUUUUGCUGCCCCUAAUUUCCAAAUCCUCAGCAGUCAUACAGCUGGCGUAAAGGUGUCCCUCUGCAUGCAGGCCAGCGGUGGCUCUCCAGGUGAUGGGGCACGGUAACACAGCGCUCACAAGACCAGCAAAGACAGACAUCACAAAUGGUUAGCACACUGCAACAGGCUUGCAUGUAAGAGUCUGUAGCAGUCAUAUACCAUAGGCUGAGAAAUAUUACAGGUAAGUUACUGAGGACAGAGCAAUGCCAUGCAGAUGCCAGGUUUCCUGCAUUUCACCAAGCAGGUUGCUACCAUCCGUUUUUACAGACAUCUCUACCGUAGCCAGAACAUGAGAUUUGAUUUUUCUUUGAUUAACCUACAUUAACUAGAAAAAGCAAAUUCCUGCAGAAGCCAGCACCUUGAUGCUACCCUUAGGCAAAAGACUGCCUCUAGUGUUGCUCCAGAAAACAAGCAAGUGCAAAGGUUAGGUUAGUCCCAACUGUGCUGUGCUAAUUGACUGCUGCCCUUCGGUCUCAGAGGCGAAGAUUUCCAUGCGAAAGACCCUACAGCUAGUUCAUGUGGCACAAAGCACUUGCAAAGCUUAAAUCAUGGAAAAGGGAGAGCGAGCAGAGUGGAAGCAGCAGAUUUGCUGGAGCAGAAAUGCCAGAACCAAAUGCCGAGCAGCGAGGAAUCCGGGGACUGAAGAUCUCCCUGCCCCCCAAAACCAAUUUUUGAUCCCCUUCCCUCCAGCCAAACCACGGUGAUUUGUACCUAGUUCUGCCACAGUGGCCGCACAGGCUGACAGAGCGAAUUUGCUGGCCCGGGGCCAUCUCUCUGGAAGAGGUCACUGAUGAAGACAUUACACCAUGGCGGUUCCAGCAUCCACCCCUGGGGUGCACCAUGCUUGCUGUCCGCUUACCUGCCGAGAAACCCGAGCUGCCCUCCUUGCAUCGGGAGCUGGAUCCCGUGGGUUGGAGCCGCGUUCCAGUUUGGGAAAGCUCCCCUGGAGUUUAUAGAGCAAGCCAGAAGCAAGCACGGGCCUGUAUUUACGGUAUUCGCUCUGGGAAAACGAUUUACUUUUGUGACUGAGGAAGAGGGAGCUGAAGCCUUUUUUAGUUCUAAAGACUUAAAUUUUGAACAGGCAGUGCAACAAGCUGUUGAGAAUGCAGUUUCUGUUCCUGCAGAAGCCUUUUAUCAGAAUCACGGUACCCUGUACAGCAUGAUGAAGGGAAAAAUGGGUCCUUCUAAUCUGCACAUGUUCACGGGCACUUUGUGUAGGGAACUGCAUGAGCACAUGGGACACCUGGGCACCAAGGGCGCAGGCGACCUGAAUGACCUGGUAAGGCACGUCAUGUAUCCAGCAGUGGUGAACACUCUGUUUGGGAAAGGCAUCUGCCCGACAAGUCAGAGCGAACUCAAGGAGUUCGAAGAACAUUUUCAGAAGUACGAUGAGGACUUCGAAUACGCUUCUCAGAUGCCAGAGUGCUUCCUGAGGAACUGGUCUAAAUCCAAAAAAUGGCUUCUAAAAUUAUUUGAGAAAGUAGUGUCGGAUGCUGAAAGGACCAACCCUUCAGAGACCACGUCCAAGACUCUACUGCAGCAUCUCCUGGAUAAUUUACAAGGAAAACAUCUGGCUCCCAAUUAUGGUCUCCUAAUGCUCUGGGCUUCCCAAGCAAAUGCUGUGCCUAUUGCAUUUUGGACCCUUGUUUUCAUCCUGUCUUAUCCUUCCAUUUACAAGAAAACCAUGGAAGACCUGACUUCUGUUUUUGGCAAAGCAGGUAAAGAUAAAAUAGAAGUCUCUGAAGAGGACCUAAAGAACCUCCCUUUUAUUAAAUGGUGCACUUUGGAAGCCAUACGGCUGAGGUCUCCGGGUGCAAUCACCAAGAAAGUUGUAAACCCAAUAAGAAUUCAGAAUUUCACCGUCCCUGCAGGUGAUAUGUUGAUGUUGUCUCCGUAUUGGCUGCACAGGAAUCCAAAAUACUUUCCUGACCCAGAAAUGUUCAAACCUGAUCGUUGGAAAGAGGCAAAUUUAGAGAAGAAUGCUUUCUUGGACAGCUUUGUGGCAUUUGGAGGAGGGAAGCAUCAGUGUCCAGGAAGGUGGUUUGCUAUCAUGGAAAUCCAGUUGUUCGUUGUGCUGUUCCUGUACAAAUACGAAUUUGUGCUUUUGGAUGCGGUACCAAAGGAGAGCCCUCUACAUUUGGUGGGGACACAGCAACCCAUGGCACCAUUCCGGGUCCAGUAUAAAUGCCGGGAAUGAGAGCGGCCCAGUACUAACUCACCUCGCUUUGUCAGCCCCACUGAGCUGCUUCUCUACCCUCCAUGUUCAAAUAGGUUCUCUGCCAUAAAAGUUCUCAAUUUCAAUUUUGAAUGCUGUACAUACUCUGUGUAUGCCAUGACAGUACAGUCAUAUCUGGGCUCUUCUUCCUGAUUGCCUGCCUCCUGGUAUUUAAAAAUCAAGCUCUGCUGCAUUUGGAAUUUGUGGGCCAAAUUACUUGCAUUCUUUGGUAGUCUAACUGAUACGCUAAACUCACUCAGCAAACAUUCAGGACAAAAAGCGGCUACAUCUGGAAAUCCAGCAUGGAGGUUUUGUUAGAACCAAGAGAAAAACAGGUCCCUUGUGCCAGGUCACUGCUUCCUGUGGGUUUCUUCAAGCCAAGGUGAAGGUGAUGCAGCAGGCUAAGAAAUCAGUGGUAACUGUGGUUCCCAGGCUUUGCUGUGCCCAAAAGCCACGAAGGUGCUGAGCAGAGACCUCUCGAUCAGAUCCUUGGCCACCAUAAAGUAGCAUCACUUACGUCCUGUUGCUUGUGUAGGUCAUGGAGGAUCUGGUCUACCCUGCCUACAAUUGGGGCCAACGUAUUGCAAAUAAAAUGCAUUAAUAACAGAAAAAUGUCAAGCAUGACAAAUACCUGAGGUGUUGUUCCACUGGAACACCUAACAUUUCACUGAGCUUUAUUGCUCCACAGGAUUCAGGAAUGGACCUUCCGUAAAUAUGCAAUGAAAGCUUGAUCAUGAUGCUUGGUUAUCAAGUGCAGAGAUUGCAAGAAAAGCCAUCACUGUUCAUCAGAUCGCUUGUGUGAGCUCUAAAACAUUUUUACCUUUAACAUGACUUAACAGACAAACUUGCAGAAAUCUAAAAAGAUGUAAUCCUAUAAAGAACACCUAGUAAAAGUUGUUCAAGGAAGCUGUCAAAUAAGUUCAGAUACCAACACUUUAACUGCUGUCAGAUUUCAUAUACAAUAAUAGCGGGCAUGUAUUUUUAGUCUUUGAAGAUUAUUCAUCAUUUGAGAAAUAUUUGUAAAAAAAACACAAAUGGACUUUCAGAAACACUUAAAACUAUGAGAAUAACAUCCAUAGGAAAAUAACUCGUAUAAGUCAUUCAAUGAUUGGCUUAUCUCAACUACAGACACGACAAUUUAACAAACUUUAAUGAUUUAUGUGUCUGGAAAACGAUUCAUCCAAUAUCUAAUUUGGCUUAUAGUGCUUAACUCUGCAGGAGCUGCACUCUUAACUGCUGUUUCAGAAUUGCUCUGGUAACUGAGAACUAUUCCCUUGGUUUUCUUCUAUGGUCAUUACCCAAAAGUAUGUGUUUUAAUUUUAACAUUUGGAGAUGUCCACAAUAUCUGCCCAGGUAUCUUGUGGAUUUGCAAAUCUAAGCAACUAUUUUCAAUGUGCACUUCUUUUCAUUUUUUCCAUAUACUGUAUUUGUGAUUUGUGUUUUUUUUUUGUUUGUUUGUUUGUUUUUUUCCCAAGAGGGAUUAACUCAAAAAAACAAAAUUCUCUGAUGGCAAAUUUGACUAAAGUCAAAGGUCCCUAAAGGGAAGUAUGACCUGAAGGUCAGCAUCAAUUUGGUUACACUGAAUAAAAGGCACCUGAAGCCCUGUGUCCAGAGGUGACUCCCAUGGGCACCAAGAGGAGCAUCUAAAUUGCACAGGAAUUCUUGUGGGAUAUUGAUGGGAGGAACCAAAGGUGGGCAAAGGAAGGGGUCUGGAUGCUUUUGGGAGGAAUAAAUGUGGGAAAAUGAAGGGAUAAAGGGAUGAAAAGAGUUGGUUGCACGUGAACAGGCUUCCGACUGUUAGUUUUGUCUGGCUAUGCCCUGGUCCUGAUCAGUGCAGCAAGAAUCAAGCCUGCCAAGCUGGCAAGUAGCUGGAGUGGCUCUAGGGGUGAGCCAGAAGGAGUUGACCUCUGGAAGGACCGAGGCAACGAGGGAGAGCGAGGAUUCAGGACCAGCAACUGGAGGGAUCUGUGUUGUAAAUAGAUGUUCAUAGAUAUAUUUUGUACUCACAGACCUGCACCCCGAUCUGCCAGGGAGGGGAGCAGGAUGAGGCUAGCGGUGCUAGUUGUGGGAAUGCUGCGUGUUUCUGCCCGUGUUGAUGUGUAUGGCCAUCAGCAUCUGUACUCGUUACACACGGGUUUGUGCGUGUGCCUCCGGGAAAUGCCCACUCAGUCUCUCCUGGCUGGACCUGCGGGCACGGAGCUGCAGCAGCCUCACUUCUGUCAGGCUGCCAGAUUUAGCAACUCCCUAGCAGGCCAUAAUCAGUUAUGAAAAUAACUGUCUGUGAAGGCAGGGCUUUUUUUUUCUCUCUCUUUUUUUUUUUUUUUUUUUCCCCAAGUUUAGGCUUUUGAGAGGAAAGGAGCACUACCUGCACUUGACACCUGGAGAGAUACCAAAGAAGCACGUGAAGAGAAUCGGCUUUGACUCUGGAAUCCCACUGCUGCCUGCCUGCUGUGUUGUGGAUGACAGCUCCGUGUACUUGCCAUACUUUCCUAGGUAGAAAAAAAGCAUGUGAGACGGAUUAGUAAAGCAAUGUGGUAGUCAGGUGAUAGAGCUAUAUGGGGUCUUCUACCUGGAAAUAAUUCAGAAGCUUCUGGGGGAGGGAGGGAUAGCACUUCACCCCUGGGACAGGGUUAAAUGCUAUUAAAAGGUCAUCACUCUGCUCUACUCAGGAUUGGGUGAAUGGUUUCUAAAUUCUUCAAGUGCUUGUCCAGUCUGGUUUUAAAAAUGACAACGCUCAAGUUCCACAGGUGAUUUGUGCUCUUACCUGGUUAUUCCUACUGUUAGAAGGCUUUUCUUCUUACCAGUAGGAGUCACAAGGAGCUUCUUAUUCAUACCACUAGCACUAGGGUUAAGAAACAGGAGAUUUUUAAACCCACAGAGAAUGAGAUGUAUUUUCACCUAUCUCUGUGUUUCUCCCUUGUGUAUGCAGUAUGGAUGUUAAAGGGAACGCAGAGGCCAUGAUGUCUUUGAAAAUGCAGUUAUUCCACCUCAGACGUGCCAUACGCCAUAUCUGUCUGAGCAAAGCCCACACCCUGGGCUGGCCAAGACUAUCUGUUGGUAUUAAUUUAUAUUGGAAUAAGUAAUUCCUGUUUCUAAGAGAGAAAAUCUGCAGUUACAAGAAGUGAAAAGUAAAAAACUAUUUUACACUGAGUUUCCUUUAACACUUUUUGUACUUUGUUAUGUAUUUAAGAGUUUCUGAAAACAAAACAAAACUCAGAAAAUAACCGCAUUGCAGAAACCCCUUUUUUUUGAUGUUUUUGAGGCAAGUAGAAACAUCUUCACUGAAAUUAUAAAUUUCCUGUGGAAAUAUACUAUUUGACAGAAGACUCAUCAAAACAUUUUCCAUUAAAAUCGUUGACCUAC